AUGAAGCACCUGUUCUUCCUCCUUGGUGUCCUGCAUCUCCUUGCUGCUGCCACCGCCGUGUACAAGCAGUGGAUCCCCAACACCAAUUUCGAAACCGCCUCCAACUGGGAUAAAGGCAGAGUGCCCUGCGCCAGUGACACGGUUCAUUUUGAGAAGAACAAGGUCAUCUCAGUCUUCCUCGGGUCUCCCCACACGCUGACAGACAUGUACCUGCCCCUGAAUGGAGAAUUCGUGCUGGCAUCUGGUGCUGGAUUUGCAGCUUUCGAUGGCAGCUGGGAUCCAGGCUGUGACUCAGGGGAGACAGUGAGGUUUGCCGAUGCUGAGCAGCACACAUGGUUUGACCCCAGGCUGUGGCAGGCUGUGUCCCCCGGCAGAGCGCUUGAGCCAAGCGGGCGCAUCUUUUCUGUAGAUGAAGAACGUGUCCCGUGCCACUACGACGAUGUUAUCUUCCAGCCUGAAACCUCCUUCCGGGUAAACAUCGACUCGUCACAGCAAGUGAUUAAACUCCGCAGCAUCUCUCUCAUGGGCCAGGAGCUCAGCAGCCCCGAGGCCUGGGCCGAGUACCUGCGGGCACCCUCUGCCCCGCUGCAGUUUCACGGCAACGGCACUCUCCAGGUGACAGGCACUGGCUGUCUCGACAAGUCUGGCUGCGCCUGCGGGAACGCCCCGGACAGCCACCGCAUCUGUGCGGCCCUGCUCGGGGCGUCGGGGAGGCAGUGCCCAGCGCCGGCGUGCCAGAGCCCUUUGCAGCCUCUUGGCCACUGCUGCGGGGUCUGCGGAGCCACCAUUAACCUGGAUUUCACUCGGAAUUUUGACCUCCAAAAGUUUCAAGACAGACUGGUCCAAGACUUCCUGAGCCAGCCCAAGUAUGCCGGUGUGCAGAUGGCCAUAUCCAAGGUGCACAAAGCACAGACCUUCCUGGGAGUCAUACCCCGAAGCUCCACUCCUCUCAUCCAAAUCGUGCUGAUCGAUGAUGAAGCAGGGGCACAGACAGGCACCACUGCAGAGCAGCUGGCAGCAGACAUCAUGGAGGACAUAGCACAGCACGGUGAAGCACUUGGCAUCUCGAGUGGCAAAAUGGAGGCGGCCACUGGCAGCACUUUGAGCAGCCAAGUGGGGAGCCACACAUUGAACAGGAUCACAGCAGGGAUGGUCUCAGGGCUACUCUUCGGUCUCCUGUUCCUUGGAGGCAUCCUCUUUCUCUACAGAAAGGGAAAACUAAGGUUGCCUACCCUGCGCGUGCUCCAGCCCUGGAAGAGAGCGGAGGAGCCAGUGUCCCCUGCACCAGCCAGUGACCCAGGCUUCGACAACCCCAUGUUCGAUGUGGAGCCACCAAGUGUUGACUUUGAGGAGAAGGCACUGCAGGAGAUGGCUCCCAAAGAUCACCAGGUCUUCUACAUCAACCCUCUGUACGAUGAAAGCUAUACGGAGACCUGA